UUCUCAUUCUCAUCCCGAUUUCCUCCGUAUUUUAGACCUUCGCCUUCGCUUUUUCUCCCUGCUUCUCUUCCCAUCUCCCCAGCUCGUCUCGUCCCAUCAUUUGAUUUCAAAGACGAAAGGAAUGGAAGCUGCACCUGCGAGAGGCUACCACCCAAUGUCUAUGACGACGGCUACCCCGUCGCCGGCGGCGGCGCAAAGGUCGCCGUGGCAUUCUCCGGUGCCGUACCUCUUCGGGGGCUUGGCGGCGAUGCUGGGUCUCAUCGCUUUCGCGCUUCUCAUCCUUGCAUGUUCCUACUGGAAGCUCUCGGGCUACUUGGAAGGCAACGGCGACCGAGGAGACGGGGAUAUUGAGGCUGGCGAGGCCAAGAACGACGAGGAUGACGCGAUGAAGAAGAAGAAAGAGGCGGCUUUCGAAGAGAAGAUACUGGUGAUAAUGGCGGGUCAGGUGAAGCCGACCUUCUUGGCCACGCCCGUGUCUAGUAGCGCCGGCACGAGCAGGUCGUCGUCUUUCGGCGACAACUCCAACGCCACCACCAGCAGUUGCGGCUGCAACGACUGCGACAAUAACAAGAGGGAGGGAUUGGAGGCGGAGGCUGAGAUGGUGAAGCAGGGGACGCAAGAAACCCCUCAUCCCACCACUUAAAACUAUUGAUCUCUCGCUCUUUCUCUCUCGCUCUCUCUGAGAGAGAUGAUGUGAGAAGAGCAUUUCUUUCUUUUAACUUUAUUUUCUUUUUGGGGGGUUUCAAACCAUUUUCCUGUGGGUUCCUUCUUGAUCCUUGGCCUUGUUUCGGUUUUCCUUUUCUUUGUUCGGGAAAUGUAAAUACUCACAAGAGAUUCUAAAGAAUGAAAGAACUCACUAUUAGUACUCC